AUGGCGCCAAAAGAAGAUAGGAAAGACCCGACUUGGGCUUACUCUUCAAGAGUUAGCGAGACCAACAAAAUGGCCAUUAGAUGCCUUUUUUGUGAUAAGAUUUCAAAUGGGGGAGUCUAUCGCCAAAAUGCGCAUCUAAUCGGUGGUGAUUCAAAUGUCGCAUCUUGCACUAAAGUUUCGGAGCAUAACAAGGCGACGAUGCUUCGUCGCCUUCACCAAAAUCACAAAAGCGGGGAAGGAUGCUUCCACCAAUGUCUUCUAGUUGUGGAUCUACUGGCAAUGGAUUGUUACUUCGCGCAAAAAUCUGGAGAUAAGGGAGGAAAAAGUGGCCUUCCUUUUAAUUGUGUUAAUUAUACUUACAUUUUUGCUGCUUUUAUUGAGGCCGUAGACCAAUAUGGUCCAGGAAUGAAGCCUCCAACUUAUUAUGAAGUUAAAGGGUCAUAUCUAAAGAAAGAGGUGGCAGAGGUGAACAAAAUCGUGGAGGAGCACAAAGUAAGCCUGUUUCUUGAGUCCGUUGAUGCAAGCGACUCUUCGACUGAUUCAACCAAAAUGUACUCCUUGUUCAAGAGUACAAUAGACUCUAUUGGAGCAGAAAAUGUUGUUCAAGUUGUCACGGACAACGCCAGUGAAAAUGUUAAAGCUAGCGAUUUGAUGUCUGUUGGGCCUUUGUUAUUGAACAUGAUGAAGAAAUUCACUAAACGAAGAAACUUGGUGAAACCUGCAAAGACAAGAUUUGCUACUGCUUUCUUGGCUUCGCAUAGGAUGUAUGAGCAAAAAAGCAAUUUGAAGAAGUUGUUUGUUUCAGAUGAGUACACUAACAGUGUCUAUGGAAGGGAAGCUCGAGGGAGAGAAUCUGCAGAUAUUAUACUUUCUCCUUCAUUCUGGAACAAUGAGGUUCAUGCAUUGAAGAUUGGUGGUCCUCUAGUUAAAGUGCUUCGUUUGGUGGAUGGGGAGCAAAGGCCAUCAAUGGGCUACCUGUACGAAGCAAUUGAUAGGGCAAAGGAGGUUAUUCAAGCCUCUUUUAGUGAUCAAAGAAAAUACAAAAGAGACUUUGAGAUCAUAGAUAAAAGGUGGGAUAGUAAGCUUCAUAGCCCUUUGCAUGCAGCUGGACUUGUUUUGAACCAGGAACUGUUUUAUGACAAUGAAGAGAGGAUUCUAGGAGAUGAACCUUUGUGGAAUGGAUUCUAUGAAUGUAUUGAGAAUUGA